AUGUACCCUAGCCGCACCUUCAUCCUCAACACAGGCGACGAGAUCCCCGCCGUCGGCCUAGGAACCUGGCGCUCCAACCCCCGUCAAGUCUCAACCGCCGUCGAGACAGCCCUCCGUGCGGGCUACCGCCACAUCGACACGGCCCUCGCCUACGGCAACGAGCAAGAAGUCGGCAACGGGAUCCGCGCCUCUGGCGUCCCCCGCGAAGAAAUCUGGGUCACGUCCAAGCUGCGCAACAACUGGCACAAGCAUGUUCGCGAGGGCUUGGAGACGAGUCUGAAGAAUCUUGGACUUGAUUAUGUCGACUUGUACUUGAUUCAUUGGCCUUGCUCGAGGGAUGCGGAUGAUCCUGCCAACUUGUAUCGGGAUUGGGAUUUUGUUGAUACUUGGGCUGAGAUGCAGAGGUUGUUGGAUGGGGGAAAGGUUCGCAAUAUUGGUGUGUCCAACUUUGGUAUCAGACAUCUUGAGGAGUUGCUCAAUAGCCCUUCUACCAAGGUCGUCCCCGCUGUCAACCAGAUCGAGCUGCAUCCGUGCAACCCCUCCCCCAAGCUGGUCGCCUACAACACCUCCAAGGGCAUCCACACCGAAGGAUACUCGUGCCUGGGUUCAGCCCACUUGGGUCUGUCCCGUAACAAGAUCCUGGUCGACAUCGCCAAUGCAAAGGGCAAGACGCCACAGCAGGUGUUGCUGCAGUGGGGACUGCAAAAGGGCUGGAGCGUCGUCCCCAAGAGCGUUACGCCUUCGCGGAUCGAGUCCAACCUGGAUCUGGAUGGGUGGGAGCUGACGGACGACGAGAUGGAUAUGCUGGAUGGGAUCGAGACCCGGUUCAAGGUUGUCGGGGAUGGGUUCUUGCCCAAGAAGGUCUUCUUUGGAGAUGAUGAGUAA